UAGGCUUGGAGACCGGAGGAUGAUUUGUAGAUCUACGGUUUCAUUUCGCUGCAGUAUAAAGGCUUUAAAUGUUUAUACACAACAUCUGCGGUGUUUGAUACUUGGAAAAACGAUUUAUAUGGAUUUCUCUUGAGUAAAUUUAAUUGUAUUUUUCUAUAUUUUGUGAAAUUCUGGAGAUUUAUUGAGAUUCUUCAGGACCUGCACCGAGCGGAUUCUUCAUAGGCUGCAUAAGCUUGUAGUGGGAAAAAGCCACAUCAGAGGUUGUGGUUCAGCUGGUCCAGGUCCAGCAUGAGGUCUGUCCGGGUUGUGGUUGUUGGAGGCGGUGUGGUGGGGUUCUCCACUGCUGUCUGCAUCUCUGAAGCUCUUCCCUCCUGCUCAGUGUGUCUGCUGGCGGACCGCUUCAGUCCUGACACCACCAGUGAUGGAGCUGCUGGGAUCGUGUUCGCUGCUCCUUUUCCAGAUAUUCCAUUGGAGAGACAAAAGCGUUGGUUCAAGGACAGCUUUGAUCACCUACUGGAGCUUGCCCAGUGCCAGGCCUCCCCCGACGCUGGUGUCAUUCUGAGCUCUGGGUGGCAGAUCUUUAAGGAUGUUCCGGCUGUUAAAAAGCCUUUCUGGUCAGAGUUUGUUAUCGGCUUCAGGUUCAUGACUGAUGGUGAACUGAAACGUUUCCCACACCACAAGUUUGGCCAAGCUUUCACCACAGUGAAAUGUGAGUGCUCCAGCUACCUGCCGUGGCUCGAGAAAAGGUUUAGGAAAGCUGGAGGCCUGGUGGAGAAGAGGAAAGUUACCAGUCUUCAAGAGUUGAGUGACUUUGACCUCAUCGUUAACUGCUCUGGUCUGGGCUCCAGAACAUUAGUUGGCGACACACAGAUGUACCCAGUGAGAGGCCAGGUCCUCAAAGUGGAGGCCCCCUGGUUGAAGCACUUCAUCAGAGACGGAGACGGACAGACCUACAUCUAUCCCGGCGUUCACAGUGUGACUUUAGGUGGGACGAGGCAGGAGGGGGACUGGCGCCUGCAGGUGGACCCAGCAGAAGCAGAAAGCAUCCUGGAGCGCUGCAGCAGACUGGAGCCUUCGCUGAGGAAAGCCAGAGUUCUCAGUGAGUGGGUAGGUCUGAGGCCAGGCAGGAGGAACCUGAGGGUGGAGCGGGAGCUGGUGCUCCUGCAGGGACGCCAGGUGCCAGUGGUCCAUAACUAUGGCCACGGGGGCUUUGGGGUCACCCUCGCCUGGGGGACGGCUUUAGAUGCUGUGGGGUUGGUCAAGCACUGCCUGAAUGAACUGCCUCUGCAGGCCAAACUGUGAUCCAGCUGCCUUCACUCUGCCAUUACCUAAUGAUAUGCACUGAAAUUAUUUCUGUAUGAGAUGCAGAGUAAAGGAACAGUUCAGCCAUUUUAAAGCUGCGUUAGUGAACCAUUAGACCAGGGGUGGGCAAUCCUGGUCCUCGAGGGCCGCAGCCCUGCACUUUAUAUUAUUUUUCUCUGCUCAAA